CUUAUUCCAAACGCUAACAAAAAAAACUGCUUUUCUAGAGAGAGAAACGAGAACACAAGAAAGACGGUGAAGAACUAGAGAGGGAAGGGUGAGCAUUAAUGGCGGCAGAGAAGCAAGUGAUGGUGAUCGGGGCGGACCAGAGCGAGCAGAGCCAGUACGCUCUCGAAUGGACUUUGGACCACUUCUUCAAGCCCUUCGGCGGCGACAAAGCGCCCUUCAAGCUCAUCAUUGUCCACGCAAAGGUCCAGGUUUCCGCCACGGUCGGCUUGGCCGGCCCUGGUAAGAAUCUAACUGCGACAUGGUUGCAGGUGACCGAUGUGGUUGUGGAGGUUGUGGAAGGAGAUGCUAGGAACGUUCUGUGUGAUGCUGUUGAAAGACACCACGCAUCCAUCUUGGUUGUGGGAAGUCAUGGCUAUGGAGCCAUCAAAAGGGCAGUUCUGGGAAGUGUCAGCGACUACUGCGCCCAUCACGCUCACAGCACCGUGAUGAUCGUGAAGAAGCCUAAAACCAAGCACUAAGCCUCCUCUGGGUAUUCAAUUGAGCACGACAGAAAAUCCAUCGUGCUUGAAAAAUUACAAUACAUAUAUAAUAAAAAGAGACUUUGAAUGCG